GGUUAAAUUUAUUUGAGCCAACAAAUAGAUGUAAUCAUAUACUCUGUAUUUAUAUAUGAUGGUUUUCAGUAGCUUUACCUUCCUAAAUCAAAACAUUUGCCUUUGUGAAACAGGGCCUUAUAAUGGGACUGAGAAAAUAUUUUUAGAUGGUGUUCUUAAUUUGGUUGUUGUGUCUGUUUCAGUUCCGGAACAACUCAGGGGAAGCCAAAGUUUGUGCCUUUCAAUGAAGAAUUAAUGAAUUCCACCAUGCAGAUAUACAAGACAUCUUUUGCUUAUAGGAACCGGUAUUCUAAGGUUUCCUCAUUUGAAGAAAAAAAAGAUUUCUUUAAUCCCCCCACCCACCCACCUAAGUGCAGCAAGAGCAUGAUUUCUUUUUACUGAAAAGAAGACUUUUUGUUGGUUCGUGGGUUAUAUUAAAAGAAGUGUGUGCCUUGGUAAUAUUUUACUGAGAAGAAGACUUUUGUUGAUUCGUGGGUUAGUGUAGAUUAUUACUUAUUACUAUUAAGUAUGAGUUUAAUUACAGGUGUGUGCCUUGGUAAAUCAACUAAGAAGAAGGCUUUUGUUGAUUUGUGGGUUACAUUAGAUUAUGACUAUAUGUCUGCCGUUGUAAAACUGCUUUCUACCUCUAUUAAGUGCGACUUAUUCAAUCUGGGAUCAAAGCCCAGCGGCUGCUAUUGUUGAUUGAGCAUAGUUUCAUUUUUGUCAGAAUAAUUGAGUCUCCAUGAAAGAGGCACAAGUUUUUCCAGCCGUAUCUAUGAUUUACAUUUUGGCCACCCAUUACAUUUUGGCCAAUCAUUUCAUUCAUUUUUGGUUAUUUUUGCAGAGAUUUCCCUAUAGGAAAAGGGAGGGCUUUGCAGUUCAUUUAUAGUAGCAAGCAGUUCAAGACAAAGGGGGGUUUGGCAGCAGGUACAGCUACUACUAACGUUUACCGUAAUGCACAGUUCAGCAAAACAAUGAGAGCGAUGAACACUCCAUGUUGCAGCCCUGAUGAAGUGAUAUUUGGCCCUGAUUUUCAUCAGUCUUUAUACUGUCACCUUCUAUGUGGCCUCAUUUUUCGUAAUGAAAUUCAUGUUGUGUCGUCCACUUUUGCACACAGUAUUGUUCAUGCGUUCCGCACCUUUGAACAAGUGUGGGAAGACCUUUGUACGGAUAUCCGGGAGGGGUUUCUGUCAAGCCGAAUAACAGUUCCCUCCAUUCGGACUGCGAUGUCAAAACUGCUCAAACCUGAUCCCGAGUCUGCUGAUACAAUUUACUACAAAUGCAAAGGAUUGAGUAAUUGGUAUGGACUAAUUCAGGAGCUUUUUCCUUCUACAAGGUACAUCUAUGGAAUCAUGACAGGAUCAAUGGAACCUUACCUCAAGAAGUUGAGGCAUUAUGCAGGGGAUUUGCCUCUGCUAAGUGCAGAUUAUGGGUCGUCUGAAGGAUGGAUUGGUGCAAAUGUCAAUCCCAAGUCACCUCCCGAGUUGGCCACCUUUGCUGUGCUCCCUAACAUUGGGUAUUUUGAAUUUAUCCCUAUGAGGAACAACUUAGAUGGUUUGCGACAUGAACCUAAGACGGUAGGGUUAACCGAAGUCAAAGUCGGGGAGGAGUAUGAAAUUCUUUUCACCAAUUUCGCANAAGGGGCUUUAAAACAUUUGUACAUAAAAGAAGAACCUGUAACCCGUAUAUAUGCAGGCUUGUACCGUUAUCGUCUGGGGGAUGUUGUGAAAGUGAAGGGCUUCCAUAACUCCACACCAGAGCUUCAAUUCAUAUGUAGGAGAAACCUUCUGUUGAGCAUCAACAUAGACAAGAACACCGAGAAGGAUCUCCAGUUAUCAGUGGAAUCAGCAGCAAAGAUCUUAGCUGAUUCGAAGCUGGAAGUGCUCGACUUCACAAGCCAUGUCAGUGCAUCUGCUGACCCGGGGCAUUAUGUCAUCUUCUGGGAGGUUUCCGGUGAAGCAAGCGACGAGGUUCUGCAGGAUUGCUGCAACUGCUUGGACCUCUCGUUCCUCGACGCUGGCUACAUCAGCUCCAGGAAGGUGAACUCCAUUGGCCCACUGGAGCUUCGGCUGUUGCGCAAGGGCACGUUCCACAAGAUUUUGGACCAUUAUGUAGGGCUAGGAGCUGCUGUAAGUCAGUUCAAGACUCCUAGGUGUGUUGGGUCAAAUAAUAGAGAAGUUCUCAGUAUACUAUGCAAUAAUGUUGUUAAAACCUACUUCAGUACUGCAUAUAGCUGCUAAUAAGGCCUGUCUUUGUUUUCAUGCCUCUUUAGUUUCUUCAUAUGAUAGUACUUUUUAAGGGUAUUUUCUCUCUUAAGGAAGGGCUAAAUUU